CUUAACGAUUCACAGGUAGUUUACCUAUAUAGGUAUAGGCAUGUAGAUGAUUUGCAAAUACUCCAUUUUAUUCAACAGGUUUGCUGCUGCGUGUCUCACAGUCUUCUGCGCUCCUCCAAAAUUAGUGUACUGAUAGAAACACUACUAAUAAAAGCCAUUUCUGUUCUACUCCACGGCCAACUAGUGAACUUUCUUGAUUUCUUUGCAGCCCCUAUUACGGAGAUCGUUGGAGGUUUUGAAUGUAACAAAACAGAACAUCCUUUCCUUGUACUCUUGUAUAACUCUAAAGGGGCUUUCUGCGCUGGGACCUUGCUCACCAACGAAUGGGUGCUCACCGCUGCCCACUGCAACAGGGAAGAUAUCCAGAUAAGGCUUGGUACGCAUAACAUACAUGUACACAAUAAGGAUGAGCAGAUAAGAGUCCCGAAGGAGAAGUUGUGUUGUCUCAAUACCAAUUACUGUACCCAAUGGAGCCAGGAUAUCAUGUUGAUCAGGCUGAACAGUUCUGUUAACAUUAGUGAACACAUCGCGCCUCUCAGCUUGCCCUCCAACCCUCCCCGGGUGGAUUCAGUUUGCCGUGUUAUGGGCUGGGGCACAAUCACAUCUCCUGAAGUGACUUAUCCCAAAGUCCCUCAUUGUGUUAACAUUAACAUACUCCAUAAUGAGGUGUGUGAAGCAGCUUACCCAUGGUUGUCAGGCAACAUAUUGUGUGCAGGUGAACUGGAAGGAGACAAAGAUUCAUGUAAG